AGUGGUACUCUCAGUUCUAUACAACCUCCUCAGCUGCACUCACGCGCAGAAAAAAAGAUAACGCGAUCUAUCGAUCUUUUUUUUCUAAUAAAAAGACACCGCCGUCUGAAAGACAUCUCGCCGUAUAGUCGGGUCAAACUGACCCGUACUAACGAACGCGUCGUAUUCAAAGAUUUUUAUUCAAAUCACGAUAUUUAUGGUUCCGUAAUUAAUUCAACAUGUCGUUAUAAUUAUGUAAAUACAAAUGAUUAAUUUAAAUUAUACGUUCAAUUCUUAAUUCUAUGUAAACAGACAUUUAUCAUGUGUGACGUUGUCGGUGUUCUGUUUUAAAUGGUUUUUUUUUUCAUUGGGAAGUGGUUUUUUUUUUGUGUAUGCGAUUGUAAUCGUUUGCGAUUGCCGGUGUUGAUGUAAUUCUGGCUAUCAUACCAUUAUGGAACGCCACCAGAAUGGUAUGGAUGUGUGGGUAGGACAAGGUCGGGUGAACCAACUGGGCGGGCUGUUCAUCAAUGGUCGCCCGCUGCCCAACCACAUCAGGCUGAAGAUCGUGGAGAUGGCGGCGGCGGGCGUGAGGCCCUGCGUCAUCUCGCGACAGCUGCGCGUCUCGCACGGCUGCGUCUCGAAGAUUCUCAACAGAUAUCAGGUGAGAACUGUUUACAACCACAUCAGGCUGAAGAUCGUGGAGACGGCGGCGGCGGGCGUGAGGCCCUGCGUCAUCUCGCGACAGCUGCGCGUCUCGCACGGCUGCGUCUCGAAGAUUCUCAACAGAUAUCAGGUGAGAACUGUUUACAACCACAUCAGGCUGAAGAUCGUGGAGACGGCGGCGGCGGGCGUGAGGCCCUGCGUCAUCUCGCGACAGCUGCGCGUCUCGCACGGCUGCGUCUCGAAGAUUCUCAACAGAUAUCAGGUGAGAACUGUUUACAACCACAUCAGGCUGAAGAUCGUGGAGAUGGCGGCGGCGGGCGUGAGGCCCUGCGUCAUCUCGCGACAGCUGCGCGUCUCGCACGGCUGCGUCUCGAAGAUUCUCAACAGAUAUCAGGAGACUGGAUCCAUCAGACCAGGCGUGAUUGGCGGUUCGAAGCCCAGAGUAGCAACACCAGAAGUGGAGUCAAGAAUAGAAGACCUGAAGCGGCAAAACCCUGGGAUAUUCUCGUGGGAAAUUCGAGAAAAACUCAUUAAGGAAGGAGUAUCUGACCCACCCAGCAUCUCUUCGAUCUCAAGGUUACUGCGCGGUGGAGCGAGAGAGUCGGAUGGGAAAAAGGACUACAGUAUCGACGGCAUACUAGGAGGUCGAUGCUCAGAUUCCUCGGACAUCGAGUCAGAACCAGGCCUAACCCUCAAACGCAAGCAGCGCCGCUCCCGCACCACAUUCACCGGCGAACAGUUGGAUGCGUUGGAGAGAGCGUUCCACAGGACGCAGUACCCGGAUGUGUACACUCGGGAGGAGCUGGCUCUACAGACUGGCCUCACUGAGGCUAGGAUACAAGUCUGGUUUUCCAACAGGCGAGCUCGGCUCAGAAAAAAUACAGGAUCCAACUCGGCUCCAUCGCUUGCGAGCUACUCAACACUACCGAUGCCACAAAUACCCUGCCCCUACCCCGCAGGAGAGAUACCCUCGCUAUCACAACAUCAUCCUCAACAUCCUGAUGCGUGGCACCAUCAAAAAUAUGCAAACUAUAACCAGUUGAUGGCACAAUCUCAACAUCUAAAUCAAGCUUUCCAAAGCGCAGCUUUCCCAAGCACUUCAAGCAGUACCUUUAGUCAUUUAGUUUCUGGCGCGACUUCACACAGUCAGCUCUUAGAUACCAACGUUCCUAGAAAUGAUUACGGACGAUACGCCACUAACGAUGUAUACAAUAAACCUAUCAAUUAUAUGCCAAAAGAUGCUGAAGCUGAUGACAAAGUUGUUAGCGAUGAAGUCAUAGAACAUAGGGACGACGCUUACGUGAAAACUGCGGGACCUGAAUAUAAGGAGUUACCAAAUAGUGAUUAUUCGAAAGUUCCCACAGACUAUUCUAAACUUCCUGUAGACCCAACACCACCAAAUUGGAGUCCAUCCCAUAAUUCCAUAAAUAUGAGUCUAGCUGGUCUAUCAAGUGAUUAUAAAUAUAUGAGUGAUCCAUACACUUUUCCUAAUAUAGCGCCUGAUGCACUUAAUCAGCACAGUUACUCAAAUCCGGGCAACGCAGCCAAUAAAUACUGGAUUUGACAAUUUGCAAAAAUUAUUAAAAUAUUAUUUUCUUAUUAAUAGAAGAACAAGCUUUUGUGAAUGUUUUGAUUAUUUCAUAAUAUUUAUGAAUAUUUAAACCUUUAUUAAUGUUUAAGAAGGAAAAAAAAUCCUAUUUUUAUAUUAGCGUAAUAUAAUUGUAUGCUCUGAUUAUUUGUAAAUACAUUGUACAUUUUAUUAAAAUAUGUAAUAAUAAGUGUAAUUAAGUGUUAGUUCAAUGAUAAUUAUUAUCGAUAGUCUUUAGAUGAAUUGAAUAUUUAAAUUACCUCUUUAUGCAUUCCAUUUAUGAUACCUAUUUUAAUACCAAAAUUGUAAAUUAAGUU